UGUCUCGCGCCCACCCUCCAAAGAACAAGGCUCGCCAGGCGCCCGCUAGAGCAUCCACAGCCGGCCCCGGGGGGGGAGAUUGUUGUAACCCUUUGGAUCCCCCCUUCUCUCUCUCUCUCUCUCUCUCUCUCCCCCAAUCCCUUCAAUGUCUGUGUUUGAUUUUCUCUGAUUUGCUUUGAUUCAGCAGCCGUUCCAGAGAAAGAAAGAAAGAAAGAAAGAAAGAAAGAAAGAAAGAAAGAAAGAAAGAAAGAAAGAAAGAGCAAGAGGGGGAGUGAAACAAAAACCCGUCCUGCUCCGCGUUUUUUCUUCUUGUCAACACCCUGCUUUGUGGCUGGGGGUUUUAUUUUUAUUUUUUGCAUUUUUGUUUUUCCUCGCUUUUCCUACUUUUUUUUCCCUUCAAGAAGAAACGAAGGUUUUGGUUGUCCUUAAUUCAUGUUUGGGAUUCAGGAAAGCAUUCAGAGGAGUGGGAGCAGCAUGAAGGAAGAGCCCCUGGGCGCCGGCAUGAACGCGGUCAGGACAUGGAUGCAGGGAGCCGGCGUCCUGGAUGCAAACACCGCGGCGCAGAGCGGGGUAGGCCUGGCCCGGGCUCAUUUCGAGAAGCAGCCGCCUUCCAACUUGCGGAAAUCCAACUUCUUCCACUUCGUGCUGGCUUUGUACGACCGGCAGGGGCAGCCCGUGGAGAUCGAGCGCACCGCCUUCGUGGGCUUCGUGGAAAAGGAGAAAGAAGCCAACAGCGAAAAGACCAACAAUGGGAUCCAUUACCGUCUGCAGCUCCUCUACAGCAACGGGAUAAGAACCGAACAGGAUUUUUACGUCCGUUUAAUCGACUCCAUGACAAAACAAGCAAUAGUAUAUGAAGGCCAAGACAAGAAUCCAGAAAUGUGCAGAGUUCUGCUCACCCAUGAAAUAAUGUGCAGCCGCUGUUGUGACAAGAAAAGCUGCGGCAACAGAAAUGAGACUCCUUCAGAUCCGGUGAUAAUUGACAGGUUCUUCUUGAAAUUUUUUCUUAAAUGUAACCAGAACUGCUUAAAAAAUGCAGGAAAUCCACGAGACAUGCGGAGAUUUCAGGUUGUGGUAUCUACAACAGUCAAUGUGGAUGGCCACGUCUUGGCAGUAUCGGAUAAUAUGUUUGUGCACAAUAACUCCAAACAUGGGCGGAGGGCUCGAAGGCUUGAUCCUUCGGAAGGUACGCCUUCUUAUCUGGAACAUGCAGCUACACCCUGUAUCAAAGCCAUCAGUCCAAGUGAAGGAUGGACUACGGGAGGUGCCACUGUCAUCAUCAUAGGAGACAAUUUCUUUGAUGGGUUACAGGUCAUAUUCGGCACCAUGCUGGUUUGGAGUGAGCUUAUUACGCCACAUGCUAUCAGAGUUCAAACACCACCCCGACAUAUUCCUGGUGUUGUAGAAGUUACAUUGUCCUAUAAAUCCAAGCAGUUCUGUAAAGGCACACCUGGAAGAUUUAUCUACACAGCUUUGAAUGAACCAACCAUUGAUUAUGGCUUCCAAAGGUUACAGAAAGUCAUCCCGAGGCAUCCUGGUGAUCCUGAGCGUUUACCAAAGGAAGUAAUACUCAAGAGGGCAGCUGAUCUGGUGGAAGCACUCUAUGGUAUGCCACAUAACAAUCAGGAAAUAAUCCUGAAAAGAGCAGCUGAUAUUGCAGAAGCACUCUACAGUGUCCCUCGUAAUCAUAACCAACUCCCCGCGCUCGCUAAUACAUCAGUCCAUGCUGGCAUGAUGGGUGUGAAUUCAUUUAGUGGUCAAUUAGCAGUAAAUGUCUCAGAAGCCUCACAGGCCACCAAUCAGGGUUUUACUCGCAACUCAAGCAGUGUGUCUCCUCAUGGUUAUGUGCCAAGCACUACCCCUCAGCAGACAAACUACAACUCUGUCACAACAAGCAUGAAUGGUUAUGGAAAUGCUGGAAUGUCCAAUUUAGGUGGUUCUCCAACCUUCCUGAACGGAUCUGCUGCCAACUCUCCCUAUGCCAUUGUGCCAUCCAGUCCAACCAUGGCAUCCUCUACUAGUCUCCCUUCUAAUUGUAGCAGCUCCUCUGGGAUCUUCUCCUUCUCACCAGCCAAUAUGGUCUCAGCAGUGAAACAGAAGAGUGCUUUUGCUCCUGUUGUCAGACCACAGACAUCCCCUCCCCCCACCUGUACCAGCACCAAUGGGAAUAGCCUGCAAGCUAUAUCUGGCAUGAUAGUUCCUCCCAUGUGAAUGAAAUGCCUUGAAGAAUUGACUAAUGAAGGAUUUGGAUUCUGCUCCAGAACAAAGUCUGACCCAAGCCCCAGAGGGAACUUUUAACUCAGGCCUUUCUUCAAGGAAAAAGGAAGACUCUCACAAUAACUGCAAAGUUUUAAAAAAAUACACAUUUUUUUUUGAAAAAAUGCCAUCCUUGCAAAAUAUUCCUGAAAUCUACUUACAGCCUGCAAGGGCAAGAUGUUAAUUUGAGCUGUCCGUCCCAAGUUCUUGGGGAGAAAUUUGUGUCCUGAAGAAAAUACGCUUUGGUCUUUUCCAUUUUUAUGGGUCACCUUUGGUCUUUUACAAAUCACAACGGGAGGGAGAGGCACAAAGAUGAAAAGCCAACUUAAGAACUUUCUUUGUUGUAGUUGGUUUUUUUUAACUGUCUUAAAGGGAAAUAAAGUGGCAACACAUGAGUUUCUAUGGAACAGAAGUAGAAGUGCCAGUUAGGAAUUAUUGAUGUUUUUCUUUCCUUCGAAAAUUAAUGGCUGUGCCAGUAAGGGUUGUUUUCAUGUUUUACUUAACCAACAAUAGCACAUACAGCUGGGAUUUGCAGUCUGGGGAAGUAUCAAUGAAUGUCCAUGUGAGCAUAGAUACAAAGAUACACCAUAUACACAUACACAAAAAGGAUUUCAUUUUAGAAGCCAUGAUUCUACACCCUUUUUAACAACAUUGCAUUUAGAAAAUUGUGUAAAUACUGCAAGGCAAGGGGGUGGGAAGCAUAUGUGUAGCUAUGGACAUGCAUUUUCCAUCUUUACUUUGGUAACCCAGUGCCUCUGGAUAUAAUG